AUGCCUAGCAGAAUGGGCUCCAAAAUUGAUUUGAACAAAGACUUCAUCAGAGUGAAAACACACUACAGUGGGGACAUCCUCAUAACCAACCUGGACUCAGCCAUAAGCUAUAAUGAGCUUUGUGAUGAAGUGCACGAGAUGUGUAACUUGCAGCAGGAACAGCCAAUUACCCUCAAGUGGAUUGAUGAUGAAGGUGACCCCUGCACCAUCUCCUCUCAGAUGGAGCUGGAGGAAGCUUUCCGGCUGUACUGCCAGAACAGGGAGGAAGGGCUGAUUAUUCAUGUUUUCCCAAGUAUUCCAGAGAAACCUGGCAUGCCUUGUCCUGGAGAAGAUAAGUCCAUCUACCGCCGCGGCGCCCGGCGAUGGAGGAAGCUGUACCGAGUGAAUGGGCACUUGUUCCAGGCCAAACGCUUUAACAGAAGAGCAUACUGUGGCCAGUGCAGUGAAAGGAUAUGGGGGCUGGGAAGGCAAGGCUACAAGUGUAUCAACUGCAAGUUGUUGGUCCAUAAACGCUGUCACAUACUUGUCCCACUGACCUGCAAAAGGCAUAUGGAUUCGGUCAUGCCUUCCCAGGAACCUCGCUUAGGUGACAAAAGUGAUGAAGUUGAUCUCCCUUCAGAAGAAACUGAUGGAAUUCCCUACAUUCCUUCCAGCCGGAAACACGACACCAUUAAAGAUGACUCUGAGGAUAUCAAACCAGUCAUCGAUGGAAUGGAUGGAAUUAAGAUUUCUCAGGGCCUUGGACUGCAGGACUUUGAUUUGAUCAGAGUUAUUGGCCGUGGAAGUUAUGCCAAAGUUCUCCUAGUUCGGUUAAAAAAGAAUGAUCAGAUUUAUGCUAUGAAAGUAGUGAAGAAAGAAUUGGUCCAUGACGACGAGGAUAUUGACUGGGUACAGACAGAGAAACAUGUGUUUGAACAGGCAUCCAGUAACCCCUUCCUGGUUGGUUUGCAUUCCUGUUUUCAGACAACGAGUCGAUUGUUUCUUGUCAUAGAGUAUGUGAACGGGGGAGACCUCAUGUUUCAUAUGCAACGGCAAAGGAAACUCCCUGAGGAACAUGCAAGGUUUUAUGCUGCUGAAAUUUGUAUUGCUCUAAACUUCCUCCAUGAGAGAGGAAUCAUCUACAGAGAUCUCAAGCUGGACAAUGUUCUCCUGGACGCAGAGGGUCAUAUCAAGCUAACAGAUUAUGGCAUGUGCAAGGAAGGUUUGGGCCCUGGUGACACUACAAGCACUUUCUGUGGGACACCAAAUUACAUUGCACCAGAGAUCCUCAGAGGAGAAGAAUAUGGGUUCAGCGUGGACUGGUGGGCACUGGGAGUGCUGAUGUUUGAGAUGAUGGCAGGGAGAUCCCCGUUCGACAUCAUCACCGACAAUCCAGACAUGAACACUGAAGAUUACCUCUUCCAAGUUAUCCUUGAGAAGCCAAUCCGGAUUCCAAGGUUCCUUUCUGUCAAGGCUUCCCAUGUGUUAAAAGGAUUUUUAAACAAGGAUCCCAAAGAAAGGCUUGGCUGUCAGCCCCAGACAGGAUUUGCUGAUAUCAAGUCUCACACGUUUUUCCGCAGCAUCGACUGGGACCUGCUGGAAAAGAAGCAAACCACUCCUCCCUUCCAGCCCCAGAUCACGGACGAUUACGGGUUGGAUAACUUCGACACGCAGUUCACCAGUGAACCUGUGCAGCUAACCCCAGAUGAUGAAGACAUAAUCAAGCGAAUAGAUCAGUCAGAGUUCGAGGGGUUUGAAUACAUUAACCCGUUGUUGCUGUCGACAGAAGAAACAGUAUGAAGGGAUGAGCUCGUUGGGGACAGUGGGAAUGACAUGACUUUAUCCUUAACUCCAGUAUAUGCAUGCAAGGAUGGGACUGGUCACUGGGUGGAGACCAAUGAGCUAAAAACAAAUCUGCUGCUGAAAAUCAAAGAAGAGAGGAAAAACAAUGAUUCUGGUGGGUGUCCUCUGCCACUUGGUGAGUCUUACGUUCUGGGCACUGACACAACUGCUUCACUGAUGAAGGAAUUUGCAUUUCGUGCCUGUUUCAUGAAGGAUUGGAAUGUUCAUUGCAUCCCUGCAGGAGGAGAUGAUGAGAACCUCUGAGAUCCACCCCCUUUCUACAGACUUUUGGUGCAAUGAGCUCCCAGUGGAAGAGUGUUCGUGUAACAUCCUGAAGAAUAAAAUCUGUUACGGUGGUGUUGAAGCUUA